AUGCUCAAACACCACCCAAGUCAGCGCAUCUUGGAGCAGUUCCUUUUCGAGGAUAGUCAGGUGGGCAGUCGAGUGACGGCCGCAGCCCAAGCGCACGACUCCUCGUCACCGACGGCCAUCGUCCCCCAAACGCACGGCAAGUUCCUGGCCCGCAUCUCUCGCAGCUGUCAAUUGCGCGCGCGACACCGCUCCGUCGUCAAACGCCUGCGCUUCCUCCAUGUGCUGCCCGGCCGGCGCGCGCUGCAGAUAUCCCCGCUGAGCUCGACGCCGAAGAAGGCAGCCGCCUCGACCGCCUCGACCUCCGCCGCGACCGCCCUCGCCCCCUUCCUCGCCCGCGUCACCAAGCCCUUCCUCGCCAUGCCGUCCAUCCUGUCCGACGAGGACAAGCAGACGGUCAAGCGCACCGUGCCCAAGUCGGCCAACAAGAUCCACGCCGUGGGCGUCGCCAAGCUGUACAUAGCCUACCCCGACCGCCACCGCUGGACGUACACGGGGCUGCAGGGCGCCGCCGUGCUGGCCAACGACACGGUCGGCAACACCUUCUGGAUCAAGAUGGUGGACAUUUCUGCGGCCGGACGCGGCGUCAUCUGGGACCAGGAGAUCUACGACACCUUUGCCUACAACCAGGACCGCGUCUUCUUCCACACCUUCGAGCUCGAGGACUGCCUGGCCGCCCUGUCGUUCGCCGACGAGCGCGAGGCCAAGAUGUUCAAGAAGAAGAUGGACGACCGCGAGAAGAACGCCCACAAGAACACCAAGCACAAGCCCUUUGCCGCCACCGCCGGCACCAAUGCGCCCCAGGCCUCCAACGGCAAGAGCCACGGCCUGCUGGGCGGCAUCUUCAACCGCCACUCGUCGACGUCCAACCCACCGCCGCCGCCACAAUCCAUCAUGCCCCCCGCGCCGCCGCAGGCCAUUAUCCCGCCCGUCCAGGUCGUGUCGCCCGUGCAGAGCAGCCACUCCAACGCCACGAGCGCGCGCAGCUCCGCCAUCGACACGACGGACCCCUCGUGGCAGCCGCUGCUCAAGGAGCUGCUGGCCAUGGGCAUCACCGAGGACCAGAUCGAGGAGAACGCAGACUUCAUCAAGCUGUACAUUGAGCAGAAGAAGCACGACGAGAAGGCCCAGGCAGACGCUGGCGACCGCCGCUCCAGGGCUCCCCCGCCGCCGCCGCCAACCGCUCGCGCGCCCAUCAGCCCCCAGAGCACGGGCGGCUCCUCCAGACGCGGGCCCCCGCCAGCGCCCCCGCCAGCGCGACGCUCCAAGACAGACUCGCCCUACGUGUCUGGAAGCCCACCCCGACAGCCCUCGCCGCCCUCGGGGCCACCCAAGCCCGUCUUCAGGGCGCCGCCUCCACUCGCAGAGGCAGGCAAGUUUGUGGCCAACCCCCCCACCCCGUCCACCAGAUCGCGAGCCUCGUCCAACGUGGGCAGCUCAGGCCCGCCCCCUCCCCCGCGCGCGCCAAAGACACCAAGCGACGACAGAGAGGCUCCCGCGGGCUCCAAGUUUGGCGUGCCUCCUCCCUUUGGGGGCAGCCUACGAAACAGCAUUCCCUCGCCCAGGCGAUGGAUUCACGCAAGUACUGCGGCAUACCAGAACACCAGAUGCAACAUGAGAGUCCGGGCUGGGAACAAGGGUGAGAUUAGACGCGGGCACCCAUCCUCGACACAGAGGACGGAUAACAGCGCAGGUGUUGGAGUGAGGCACACAACUGUGCCUCUAGGAGCACAGGAUUCGUUCCUACCGGGUAAUGUGGUAUCGUCUCGUCCUGUUUAUCCCGCAUGUCUUCUCUGA